CCUCCAUUCCAGCGUCAGGGCUUGCUAUUCGCUUACCCGAUACUACUGUGUCUGAUAGAGAGAGAGAGAGAGAGAGAGGUGUUGUCUGGCCUCCUCGCCCUCGCCCUCUGAUUUCGCCUCCAAAGGGAGGUGGUCCCAAGAUUUUUGCGCGCACCUGGCAGCUCUUCCACCGGAGUCCUCCAGCACUCCAGCGCCGCUCCUUUUCUGUUGUGCCGCCUAGUCCGCCCUCGCUCAAUGCUUGCAAGCCCUGUCGUUCUCUAGGCCAUCACGCUCGUUCAGUUUCCGCCGAUUUCGACUCCCUCAGGAUGGCGUUUAGCUUCGGUGCGGCCGCCCCCGCGGGAGGCAACGCUGCUGCUGAGAUGGGCCCUGAGCUGCCUGAGCUGUUAACCAACGAAGUCGGUUUUAAGGGUGUGUCUAGUGACUGUAACGUCCAGCUCCUUCCAACCCCCUGGCCCGCCGACGCUCUCCCUGCCCCUACAUGCUCGCUGUUCGCGGUCGCCCCGUCGAGAGGUCUGAUAGUUGGCGCGGGUCCGGAGUCUCUGGUUGUUGCCACGUCGGAGUCGGUAAGAAAGGCCAUCUCGGCCCCGACGGGAGAGGACAAGGUCAAGACGAAGCCAUUCCAGCCGCAGGCCACGAUCCCGCUGCCGGCGCGUCCAACACAUGUGGCAUUUGGUUCCGGUGAUAGUGCACUGGUUCUCGCGACGGAGAAUGGCGCGCAGUUGUCCGUCUUCCAGACGGACAGCCUCCUCCAGGGCAACGCACAGCCAGCGAUCCAGAUCUCAACCAACGGUGCUUCGCUCCGGGCCCUCGUCCCCAAUCCUGCCCCGUCAGAGGAGGCGCUCUCCUCGUGUGUAGCCAUGGUCACCAACAAUGGCGAAUUACUCGUUGCCGAUCUAAAGACCCAGAGCCUCAUGACCGGACCCAGCGGGCCUGUGCUCAGGACCGGUGUGAGCAGUGUUGCGUGGAGCAACAAGGGCAAACAGCUAGUCGCCGGCCUGGCUGAUGCCACUGCGGCUCAGAUGACCCCGGAUGGUGCACUGAAGGCUUCAAUCCCGCGCCCGUUAGACUUGGAGGGCGACUGUCAUGUCUCUUCUAUCUCCUGGCUGGAAAACGACAUCUUUCUGAUGGUCUAUACGCCUAAUGCGGCGGAGGAUGAUAUGGGCAAUACCCCUUCAUCCUCAUACUACAUCGUCACCAGGCGCAAACAGGCUCCAUUCUUGUUCCAGAAACUACCCGAGUUGUGCACUCCAUUCGGCGUCAAACGUGCCCCCGCUUACCAGUUCAUCGCGCGAAUGAGAGAUUUUAAACCCCAUCUGAAGGAUGUCCUGUUGGUCUCGUCUACGGCCUCCACGGAUGUCGGAAUUAUCACCCGGUCGGAUCAACCCCUGUACGACGACGAGCAGGCCAAGGCUGCCGUUGACCAGUUCGCCAUGACUGAAGUCAAUGAUGAUACCAAACGAGCUUCUUUGCCCUUGAAGGACUCGGUCGAUGAGACGUCAGUGAUCGGUUUAGGAAUCGACCUGUCUAGUACGGAGAUGGUCGAGUCCCCCAUCCAAGGCGAAGACAUCACCGAGAGCUCUACACCCCUGCCCAAUCUCCUGCUCUUAAACAAUGAUGGCAUCCUGUCGUCUUGGUGGUUCAUCUACCCGGAAUCUAUCCGUCAAAAGAUUCCUUAUGGAGGCCUAGUUUCCGGCAACGCCCAGCAACAGCAACCCCAACCACCGGGCGCGGCGCAAGUCCAGCAACAGCCUUCUCCCGCGCAGCCGCAUCAACCCGCAUUUGGCCAAUCGGCCUUUGGCCAGCCAGCCUUUGGGAAGCCGGCAGCGUUUGGGUCGUCUUCGGCACUCGGAGCUUCCUCACCAUUCAACAAACCUUCCGCCGCGCCUGCAUUCGGGAGCCCUUCUGCGCUGGGGGGUAGCCGUGCUCCAGCUUUUGGUGCUCCUUCGGCUCUGGGAGGCGGUGGUGCGUCUUUCGCCUCCCCAUCCCAGACGGGAUCUGCCUUCGGCGCGCCGAGUGCCUUGGGUCAAUCCACUUCCUCGCAGUUCGGAAAGUCCAGUUUUGGUGCCCCUGCAUUCGGCCAGCCUUCGACCCCUGCAAAACCUCUACCUUUUGCCACGGGAUCUACUACUACUACUACUACUACCGGGGGUGGUUUUGGUUCUUUCGCAGGCACCGGUGGAUUUGCGGGGUUGGCGUCGUCGAAGCCCGUCGGUGGUUCCCCGUUUGGCAAACCAGCCACGGAAAACCCCUUUGGAAAACCCUCCAGUACGUCUGCAUUUGGUUCGACGGACAUGGAUACCGCAUUCACUCCGCAGAAACCUACGGAAACAAAGAGUCCCUUCGGUCUGGGAUCCAGUGGGUUUGUGCUUGGCUCGACGUUCAAGAGUGAUGGCUCUGCUGCAAACGACCUUCCCAAACCCGAGAAGUCUUCAGGGCUUUUCUCGUUGGGUGGCUCGCUAGAUGAAAUGGUCUCAUCCACGCCGAGUAAGCCUAGUUCUGGAGAGUCGAUGGACGACAUGGAGGAUGAACCGAUUCAGUCAGUGGAAGAAAAACCCGCUGCUGCGAAACCACCACCAGCAGCAGCAGCACCGUCGCCGUUCUCAUCUCUCUCGACAUUCGGCUCUAAACCACAAUCUGUCUUUGGAGCCCCGUCUCUGGCCAGCACUACUCCAGCUGCACCUGCGGCCUCGAUUUUUGGCGCCAAACCGCAGAUCGAGGCGACUAAACCUGCCUUCUCGCUGUUCGGAAAACCUUCUGCCCCUACUCAGCUUGCAACGCCUCUGUCGCCCGCAUCGGAUAAGACUGCGCUCCCUCUUUCCCCGCCAGUCAAGGAGGAACCUAGUGACCAGGGUACACCGAUACCGAAAAUGGCAGAACCGCCGCUCCCUCCGGAUACGACCAGCAGGAUGAGCUAUGGGCCGGGCGACACCUCGGCAUCAUCCAAUGUGUCCCGAAGCUCUGCGGAAGAUGCGCCUUUACCGCCCGAUUUCCUCAAGAAGCCUGCCUCUGCUGUGCAGAAGGAAACCAAAGCUGCUCCUUCAAGCUUAUUUGGAGCACCGAACAAGUUGGAAGCUCCAGCAGUCGCCGAGGAGGCACCGUUACCCCCCGAUUUCCUCCCACCGAAGAAGGCAGCCAAGCCCGAAGAGGAAACAGUACCUGUCCCCGAUGGCCCUGUAGAGGGCGAAUCUGAAGACGAAGCAGACGAGUCAGACUUUUCUGAUAGUGGAGAAGAAAUCACUCACGAAGCCGCUGAAGAGGAGCAGAGUGGCGAAGAAGAAGAGGAAGAGGAGGAGGAGGAGGAGGAAGAGGAGGAGGGAGCUGAUGAGACCCUCCAGAGCUUCAAGGCGUCUCCAGAGAGUUCUUUCGGUGGUCCGGCAGAUAAGAGCCCUUCACUGUUUAAUAGGAUUUCAACAACCAACCAGACACAACAAAGGGGUGCUCGCCCGUUGUUCGGUGAAAUUUCCAAACCGUUCUUCCCCGCUCCCAAAGAUGUGCCACAACGCGAACUUCCACGAUCUCCCAGUCCUGUUCGACCUAGCAUUUUGAAGAAGGAGUUUCUCCGAAACGAGCCUCAGCGAUCUUUCAGUGCCCCGGGUGCCCCGGGCAGUACUCUUGCAGCUCGGAAAGCCACCCUUACUGAAUCUGCAAUGCGGGCUGGUGGAUUUAGAGGCGGGCUAGACGAGACUGCCAAGGCAGAACAAGCAGCAAAGGAAGCCCGCAUUGCUGCUCAGAAUCAGCGUGAGGCGGAAGAGGCACUAUCCCUUUCGGAUGACGAUGAAGAUGAGCGACUACGCUCUGACCUCGCGCGGCCCCUUGAGCCAGUUCCGACGCUGGAUCCUUUCCUCCCCCAUCAGGACUACGCUGGACCGACAAGCAAGCCUGGUAUUCCGGGCCAGAUCGAAAGAUUGUACCGUGACAUCAACGCGAUGGUCGAUACUUUGGGAAUCAACUCCCGGUCUCUUUCGGCCUUUAUUUUGUACCAGGCGAAGACAGAAGGCCCUUCCUUCGAAAAGCAAGUUGAGAUCCUUCAGGGUGACCAGCCUGCAGACAUUCUCGAUGCGAAGUUGCUGCUUCCUGAAAUCGAACAACUCGACAAGUUUGCCGGCGUUCUUGAUCGCUCACUUGAGCAACAACGGAUCCAAGGCGUGGAAGAGAAGUUAGAGCAAUGCCGUGAGAUAUUGAGCAAGGAGAUCUUGACUCUGCGUGGCCAGUGUGCCAGUAUCCGCAAGACGCUGGACGCGCAUACCAACCCCGCCGCUAUCCUCUCUGCCCCUCUCUCUGCCGAGCAGAUGAAUCUCCAGCAGGAUCUUCGCACCUCCUCUACUUCUGCUCUGGCCAAGCUUGCCGAUCUCGAACAGGCAGUGUCGCUGCUGCGUGCCCGAAUUGCCGAAAGUCCUCGCCCGGAUGGCGCGGGCCCAAGUGCGGCGCCGCGGCGACAGCGCCCAACUGUCGAAGCCGUUGCACGCACCAUUUCGACCAUGAUGGGCAUGGCCGAGAGCAAGAGCAGCGAUAUUGAUGUUCUGGAAGCCCAGCUUCGAAAACUCGGGGUGGAUGUCACCGCGUCACCUGCUAGCCGCGAGGGGUCCCCCUUCACGACACCCAGGAAGGGAGUCGUCCGUUUUCCCACGACGCCUGGAUCGCGAGGGUCGCAGGAUGGCCCUGUCAGCGCGUACCAUACACCCGAGUCUGCAGCCAAGGCAGUCACUUUCCGAAGCAGUGUCAACGGCUCGGUUAGAACGAGCAGACUGCGCAACGCCGAAGGCGCCGACGACAUUGUUGGAAAAGAGGAAUGUGCGCGCUGGAAGGCCAAGACUCAGCGACGGAGGCUUCUUGUUGCGAAUUUGAAGAAGGCAAUUGGAGAGAAGAAUCCUGUCAAGGUCCGCGGAGUGGACGAUCUGUAGGUGGCAUUCAAGUUUUUGAUGUUGUUUUUUUUUACCCGGUUGGACGAACGCAACGUGCCCUAGCAUUGUACAUAGGUUUGAACUUGACGAUUUUCAAGUUGGUAUCAUUGAGAAUAAUAAUUCUGUAUUACCAUGAGCC